AGUUUUUGGGCUAGAACAAUAAGUUCAUAUUUGGGUUUAAGGAAGGCCUAUGGACCUCCAUAACCUGAAGAAGGGAAAUUAAUUCCAUUUUAAUUUUUGCAGGUUUAUAUUGCAUACAUGGGAGAACGUCCAAAAAAUGAAUUCCCUGCUGCAACCCUUCACGGUAGCAUUCUGCUAGAAGUUUGGCGGAAGUGUUGCUGCAGAUUCAAUGGUUCUGUCGCCAACUUGACUGAGGAAGAAGCACGGAAAUUGGCUACAGAGAGGGAAGAGGUUGUGCCUGUGUUCCCUAAUGGAAAGAAGCAGCUUCACACAACAAGGUCAUGGGAUUUCAUGCAUUUCUCUGAAAAUGCUAGAAGGUUGAUUUUUGAGGGCAAUGUCAUUGUGGGUAUGCUUGAUACAGGGAUCUGGCCGGAUUCGAAGAGUUUCAGCGAUGAAAGUUUCGGCCCACCUCCGCAAAAAAGGAAUGGAACAUGCCAAGAAUCAUCCAAUUUCACCUGCAACAAUAAGAUAAUCGGGGCUCGGUACUAUCGGGCUGACGGCCAAUUCAUUCCCCACGAUGUUGCUUCCCCAUUGGACACGGAAGGUCACGGGUCGCACACAGCUUCCAGCGCAGCUGGUGACAUUGUUCAAGGCGCGAGGUUGCUCGGGCUUGGCUUGGGAGACACUCGCGGAGGAGUUCCCGGAGCUCACCUUGCUGUGUAUAAGAUAUGUUGGAGCGAUGGAUGCUACGACUCCGACAUUCUUGCUGCAUUUGAUGAUGCAAUUGCAGACGAUGUUGACAUAAUCUCUCUUUUAGUAGGGGGUUUCUUUGCUAUAAAUUUAGAGGAUUCCAUUGCAAUCGGAUCAUUUCAUGCUAUGAAGAAUGAUAUAAUGACAUCAAAUUCUGCCGGUAACUCUGGUCCUUUAUAUGCAUCAACUUCAAGUGUUGCUCCUUGGGCUCUUUCUGUGGCUGCCGGUACGCUAGAUAGAAAAUCUGCAAUAAAGUACAAUCGGGUAAUGGUGAGAUUUAUAAGUUUCUGUAUGUGGGGUAUCUCUAUCAAAACCUUUGAUACCGAGAAUAACACGUACCCUUUCAUCUAUGCCGGAGAUGCUGGUCUUAUUGGGACUGAUGCCAGUUAUUGUGAUGAUGGCACCUUGGACAAGAACAAGGUAGAAGGGAAAAUUGUUUUGUGCGAUGCCAUCAGUAUCGGAACAGGGCCAGCAGUUGCUGGAGCUCUUGGUAUGGUAAUGCAAAACCUAGGUUUUGAUGAUGUAGCCUUCAGCUUCAUCUUGCCAGCAUCCUAUAUGAGCAAUGGAAGUGCAGUUUUCAGCUACGUGAAAUCAACAGAAAAUCCCACAGCAAAGAUAUUCAAGAGUGAUCCAGAAGUGGAUGUAAUCUCCGUCUUUGUAGUUUCAUUUUCAUCAAGGGGACCGAAUAUUAUAACACCGGACAUUCUUAAGCCUGAUACAACUGGUCCCGGACUUGACAUGUUAGCAGCAUGGUCGGAAGCUACCACUGUGACAGGCUUUCCAGGGGACACAAGGGUAGUUCCAUGCAACAUAAUCUCUGGCACAUCCAUGUCUUGCCCACAUGCAUCUGGUGCAGCGGCAUACAUCAAGUCAUUUUAUCCAACAUGGUCUCCUGCUGCCAUUAAGUCUGCUCUAAUGACAACAGACCAAUCAGACGAUGAGUUUUCAUAUGGGGCUGGUCACAUAAAUCUGGCCAAUGCCACUAACCCUGGUCUUGUAUAUGAUGCUGGGGAGAUUGAUUGCAUUAAAUUUUUGUGUGGACAAGGAUACAAUGACACAAAACUAAAAGUUGUUGCCCGGAAAUGAUACAUCUUGUUCUGAAGCAACAAAUGAAACAGUAUGGGAUAUGAACUACCCUUCCUUCACUCUGUCUGCUACCGAUGUUGGACAACCCACAACCAGAAUCUUUCACACAGGACAGUAACAAAUGUGGGAUCAGCCAAUUCCACUUACAAGGCAGUGGUGAAUUACAAUAGAUGUUGAACCAAAUGUUCUUUCUUUUACAUUUCUUGGAGAAACAAAAACCUUUGUGGUGAAUGCUACUGUAACAUUUACACAACCAUCCACUAUCUCUGGUUCUUUGACUUGGUAUGAUGGGGUGUAUCAAGUGAGAAGCCCUGUUGUUGGAUAUCUUCCUCAGUUUUGAUUACCUACUAGUGUGUGUUUGGUUCAAAAGUCUAGUAGGGUUUUCGUUCAACAAGGAAUAAAGGAUAGAAAAUCUUCUGUCAAUGUAAGUGCAAUGCUGUUACUUGUAACAACUUCCGACAGUAAUAAAACUUCCAUCUAGUU